AUGGACUUCGAAUCACUACUGAAAGCCGCCUCAGAGGCGCUUGGCAUAGAUCUUUCCUUCGCGCAGGUUGGCCCUUCGUACCCCACCAUGGAGGACGACGACUUCCCUACCUCACUGGACGAUCAGGCCGGGUUGUCAGAUAUGGACAAACAACGUGCGACGCUCCAGACAUACUUGAAUGCGCUGCCGUACGAAUGCGAAUCGGUCGAAUAUAUGCAGACGCGUCUGGAAGAGAUCGUGGGCAAGAUAUUUGUCUCUGCCAAAGCUCAAAAUUGGCUCGUCUUGACGACUUGGGAUGGCAUGUUGCAAUGCUGGCUUUUGAUGCGUUAUCCCCUGCCCAAGUCGACAAGGGCAAAGCUCGUGCGAUUGUAUUACGAACUAUGUAUAUUACCCGGGAUUGAAAGCCGUGUCAUUCGAAGCUGGGCGGAUAUGCUUUCUCGGCUACUGGCGAAUAAAUCAGGGGUGACGCGCAAAUUGGAGUCCACUGACCUUGAGCUGCCGUGGAAGCCUCUAUGGGAUGCCCUUCAGAAGGAGCUUUGGCCAAAGAAACGCAUUCAAGAACCCACUCGAAACGUGGUCAAUAUUCUUCUAUAUGUUGCUGAGCAAUGUAAGGGAUACUACCCUGUCACCGAAAUACCAGAGAUGCUCUCCACAUUUGUACCAAGGAUUACCAAAGAGUCGAUAAUGACUAUGGUCCCUGUAAUGACAUCUUUUUUACCGCCUGGUCGUGUGGACCUCUACCUUCCAACAAUCUUCGUUCUCUGGGAGGCCUUUAAUUCGUUCACGGUAGACGAUAGGCUCAUUGAAUUGGCGGGAGACCUUUCGGAGGAGCACAUCGCAGGCACGGCGAAGAAAGAUGGUGCUGAGUGGAGGGAUGUUGGGAUCUGGUCAGAGAGUGAAUGGACUACCCUGAUAGGCAAAGGUUUAGGAUCAAUGAGUUUAUCACCUAUUAAUAUGCUCACACAGGGAUCUAACACAAGCGCUAUGGCAGAUAUACACGGUGACAUGCAGUCAUUACGCAUCAAGAAGUCUGUGAAUCGACAAAGCGCUCUUGCGAAGAUCAUCGUCUACUCUAUGUCAGUGGAUGGGCCUGAACGUACUACCGCCUCUGCGACCCCCGCUGGCGACAGUCGAUCAUUGCCUUCUCAUGCAAUCGGGUAUUUAGCAGGAUCCAAGGCCCUAGACUCCUUGGAGAAGUUGAUUACGUGCACCGAGUCCUUUUUCCAUCCCUCCAACUCUGGGGCUUGGUCACUCUCAUUAACAACUUUCCUGCAUCGUUUGACUGCCGAAUUCAUACGAAGGGUAAAGGAGGAAGAACAGCCGUCUUGCAUCAUACCACGGGCACAACGUUUGACGCCUGCCAUCCGAAGGAACUUCGUCAGAAUUCUCCGCACGCCAGCACUCAUCGCCAUGUUCUCGAAGGACCCCGUCGCUGCGUCAUAUGCGCAAGGCUCGUUGCGCACAAUGGCUUUGCUCGAUCCAGAUUUAAUCAUGCCUGAGUUACUCGAGCGCGCCUAUGGCGGCCUCGAAGUGGUCAACGAGACUCAUAGGACGACAGCUGUUCUAGGGAUGCUUUCUGGGAUUUGCGUCCCUCUUACAAAGGAGCGCGUUUGGUUGGGCGGUCAGAAGCACCUCGUACCCCUUCUCGAACUAUGCAUUCCAGGCAUUGACUUGAACGACCCAGUCAAGACAGUGUGUGCUACUAUGUUCAUCAUUUCAGCCGUUCAGCAUGUCAGGAUUGGAGAACUUUCCUAUCACUCUGGCCUACCUGUAGACAGUGAGGAUCCGGCAGAUGCGAUGGAGAUCGAUGCGGAUGCCCCUCCGCUCCCAGAUGGGGUCGACAUAGGCGAGGUGCAGAAGUUGAGCAGAAGCGAGGAAAGGUCUUUGACUAUCGAUAGCACCGCUGGCUUUGCCGACUGGGUCGCAUCCCUCUUCCGCCGCGUCUUUGCUCUCUUCGAAAACCUCCCCGAAGAAGGUGGUAGAAGGAAUACCACUGGCGGCAAGCAAGAAGAAAGCGUCCUGAAAUCCAUCAAGAGCAUGCUCGACGUCGUGUGCCUCCACCUCUCCGACAAGCUGUUCGAUCUCGUCUUGAAUCUCGUUUAUAACUACGCGACCACCAACGCGAAGUCCAAUGCUGUAAGGGCGUUCGGUCAACUCGUUGCCUGUUUAGCACGGGUAAAACCGAAGGAGACAAUAGCCAAAUUCUUUUCGCAUUGUAAUAUGCAGAUUGAAGAAGAGUUGAAGCAUGGCGCCUCGAGUGUUCGCACGACUUCAAGUCACACCGCGGUACCAUCCGAUACUACUUUCCAUUGGAACUUGACAAUCCUCCGUGGCUGUCUCGGGUACGGAGGACCAGAGUUGUUACGCUAUAAGCCUCGAAUCCUCCAGCUCUUCGCGCUUCUCGUCGACAAGACCAAAGGCGAAAGGGGCUACAGUGGAGUUGGACGUCUUAUAAUGCGUUCUUUGCAUACUUUAGUUGGCACCUAUCCUCUGAACAGCCGAUUCAUCAAUACAGACGAGUGGGAAGACCAAAACUUUGACACGGAACAUUACAAGAGUUGGGGCAAACUAUACGAAGCUAACGAAGUGCGCAUAGAAUGGCAUGUCCCUUCUCCCGAGGAGAUCGCCUUCGCCAUUGAAAUUUUGGAUACGGUCCUCUCCCCCGCUAUGGACAAAGUCGAAGUGCUUAUCGACAGCGCACCACGUUGGGAUAGCAUCGAGCGCAAUGACUUCUGCCGGUACCUCCAUGCAUGCAAAGCUAUGUGGAACGGCCUACCUACACUCCUCGAGGAGGGCCAGAAAGAGGUUGCAAACUCUGGCUUAUACGAUGAGGUCGAAUCAAUGGAACUUUCCAUGACGCCUCUAUCCUUGAACGCAGGGUUUGUCCUAACGGAUCCUAAGGAUCCUCGAUAUCGACAUGUCUCUGCGCUUAGAGGGCGCUUCGCCACCAUUAUUAAGAAAGCCUCAUCUGCUUUGCGUCAGAGAACAGAAGGCGAAGAUCAUACGGAUGCAGUCAUCGGCGUCGUCAAAGCUAUCGAUUCUUACCUGCUUGAUUAUGGCCUAACCAGAGGUACCUACGAAUCCCUUUCUACAAGUUACUCCCAGGCAAGAGACCUUCACCGCACUUGGCCGAAGCAGAAAGAAAAUUCCAGGCUUGUCUUCGUGAAGCGAGCACAAGUUUACCAUAGUGGCCGAGUAUACAUGCACUCGCUCUAUCGGAAACGGUCGUCUGUAGACAAUGGUCUUAUUGAAGAGCUUGUCGAACUUUCUCUAUCACCGUAUACCAGAAUCCGCCGCCAAGCACAGUCCGUGCUUCAUAAUGUCUGCGGCUACUACGUUCGUUCUACAAGAAUGAUUCUACCCCAUCUAUUCAACGCACUCGCUAAGGGCAAUGAUCCUGACCGCAUGAAAGGAGCCCUCUACGUUCUUGGUAACAAAGGCAUUGCUGCCUACUCUCUGGCUGACUACAAGUAUCGCCAAAAGCAUCUGCUAACCUUGCUUGAAUGCCAACACGAGGAGAAGCCCUCCGUGCAGAAGCUAGUUAGUAGCCUGUCUCAGGAAUUAUUAGCACACCUUUCCGAAGAGGCAUUUCACACCGAGGCAUACACGCUCAAUACUCCACGCCUGAAUGACGUGCUCCUCGAGUUAGCUGCUGAGUUUUCUGCUUCUUUUGUGAAUCAACAACUUCUAUCGGAAGCGACGGCUAAAUCCUCCAUCCGGGUUGCUAAACGAGCGGUGUUGUAUCAAAGCACCGUCACUUCGAUCCUCAAUGUGGUGUUGAGCCCUCAAACGCAUUGGAGAUACGUGCAAAUGGCUCUUAGAUUUCUAGUUGGUCUUGUGCGUCGAGAUGUUCCCACCUCGGCCGACCUGGCCAAAGUUUUCAUGGAGCUCUGCACGAACCCUCAGCCAUCCAUUAGGGCCACCGCCCAGAGGGCGGUCAACAAGAUGUUGGCAAUGGUGAAGAUCCGAACUUAUUCUAAGUCUAAUGAAGAAUUGUGGACAGACAACUGGUCGAGUCCCUUACGGAGAACGGUGCUCAUCAAAGACCCGCAAGCAUUCCUUGCCGGCUUAGACCAACCUUUGCGAGGCCAAGGAAGGCGAGACAUCCUUGUCGACAGAGUCCCCACCGGCUUUGUCUCGUGGACGCCCAGUGUAAAGGGAUAUGCUAUCACCACAGGGAACUCGUCCCCCCUUUUGUGGAGCGCCGACUGCCAGCCGUGCCUUGAUGCGACGAGGGCCGUGGUGGUGGAGGGUAAAUUCUUCGUUAAUCUAGCAACGCUUUGGGGUCAGGAGUCGGGCAGGACAAGCGGUAUUACAGAGUUGCGUAUAGAAAAUGUGACGCUCAUCAAAGCUUUGGCCAUAAUGUUGGAACGUGAAUGCCUCGAUGGUCUCCUGGAUGUCAUUGAACCACUGAUCUUCGACCCGGAUCGCUUCAAACAGCGAGCGGGAGUGGAAUUCCUUGCCGGCCUCUUGCGAGGAUCUAAACACUGGCUCCCUUCAUCCAGUGAUCGCCUUUGGACCUGGUUCAUGUCUCGCUUAGAUAGAAUUUACGCUCAGAUCAAACCAGAUACGUUGGUCCUCUGGGAGUCCCUUUUUAGCUACCAAUUACAGGACCGAGAUCCCCGACGAAGUACGCCGUUGAUAAAAUGGGUCCUCGAUCAACCUUUGGAUUUCAGUCGCGAAUCAGCAUUUGAGAUGACGAAACAAAUAACGCUCUUCUCAGCAAUUGUUGAUUGUUUGGGUUCCCGUUUCAACUCGUUGUCAGAUAAAUACAUUACUCUAUUCAUGGACAAUCUAGACAUCGGAUAUGCUGAGAUCAGAGCAUACAUUGCGGAGCAGCUACACAUGAUGAAUCGCAAUUUAUGGGAGCCUUGCUACCCUUCGACUCAGGCAUUCUUGCAGGCUUGUCAGACCUCAAAGGAUCCAUUGCAAAUCCGACAACCCACUUACGCAGUAGCCUUUAAUGCCAUCGUGGACAAAAUGCCUCAAUGGCGGACAGAACGCUUCCCUCCGCCGCGUGUGAGCCAAUCACAAUACGACAAAGUUGGAUUGACUCUUCUUCAGUGGAUAUGGACCUCUGCGCAUGGUGCUCAGGCAUCCUUGAUCUUCCCAUACGCCAUUCGCUUAUUGCCUGAGAUACUGCGCAUGGCUGAGCUCAGUGAUAGUCCUGAUCUACAACGCUAUAGUACUGCUGUGCUUUAUGUGAUAUCGGCGAUUACGCCCCCGUCCGAGUAUGUGGAAGUUAUACUGAACUACUUCGUUGAUGCUAUCAAGUCAUCCGCAUCGUGGCGAAUCCGCCUCCAUGCCCUUCCCGCAAUGGUCGUAUUCUUCUACCGGAAUCUAUUGUCGAUUUCCUUCGAGAAUGUCUCGAAGAUCAUGGAUUGUUUGCUUGCAUGUCUGGCAGAUGAAAACGUAGAAGUCCGAGGCAUGGCAUCAAAGGCUCUAUCAGGAAUAGUGCGCUGUUCUCAACGGCAGAGUAUUGUGCCGCUCAAGAAUCGCUUCAUUCGGCAAAUCAGGAAGAUCAAGCUACCUGAUAGACAGAGCCCUGAAUUUGCAGAUUCUCUUCGAACUCUCCACUCAGCUAUCCUUGGAGUAUGUGCCCUAAUUGAGAGUUUCCCAUACUCGGUGGAGUCUUGGAUGCCUCCCUUGGCAGAAGUACUGGCUCCACAUUCUACCGACCCUCCUCCUAUCUCAACUACAAUUCGACAGUGCGCGUCAGAAUUCAAGAAGACUAACUUCCUUACUCAGGAUACUUGGCAUAAAGAUCAGUUAGCGUUUGACGAAGAUCAACUCCAGAGCUUGUCGUCAAUGCUUGUUGGUACAUCGUACUUCAAUACUUCGGGAGUUGCCCGACUGACCAAGUUCUAUACACCUCUGCAUCAAUCACCACAAACACUCGUCCAGAAGAUAUUCUCGCUGGUCAGCUCUCGCCCGCCAGGACUAUGCAACUUCCUUGAUGCGCCCGAACUUGAAGCGUUCUUGGGACCCAAGAAGAAAGACGACGAGAGAUGGCGCGUGGUAUACCGCAGCUACGCAACUCUGCACUUCGUAUUUGUAGUCGAUGGGGCGGAAAGUGAGCUUGGGAUCUUGGACUUGAUUCAGGUGUUUGUGGAGUCCCUUGACCGGACGUUCGAAAACGUCUGCGAGUUGGAUCUUGUGUUCCACUUCGACGAGGCCCACCACAUCUUAGCUGAAAUAAUACAAGGUGGUCUCGUAUUGGAAACAAAUAUCGAGGAGAUUGACGCGUCAGUACAUCAAGCUACCAAGGCAAGAAAGGACUCUUUUGCCUCGGCAAAUCCCCUUGCACUCGGUGUUGGAGGCUUAGGUGUCCGUGGUGUCAACCAGACGCCUCUCGGAUGGCUCACAGGAAAGCUAACCGGCGUCGGGGCGAGAUGA